GAUCAGUUUUGUUGCCUGUGACACACGGAAAAGGAGUUUGUGGCACAGUAAUGUGAAGCGCGCUGUGAUCGUACAGUUUGUGUUUUCUGCUCACUAAGCCUGUCCUGGCCGAUAUUAUUUUUACAUUUUUUUGUAAGGGUAAGCAAACUGGUGAAGCCUUGACGUAUCACACAGAUCCAAGUGGGUGCGUAUCCGUCAGUUUGGGGUUUUGUCAAUAACGGAAGUACGGAAGAGGGCCCGUGAAGCCAUGUCUGACAGUAUGGAUGAAGACAUGUCGGAAGAGCCUUUACAUCUCCAGCAGGACCUGACCUGCCCCGUGUGUCAGGCCAUCUUCCAGGACCCCGUGCUGCUGCCUUGUACUCACAGCUUCUGUCGGGAGUGUCUGCAGAGAAGUUUGCAGGUCAACAGGAAGUGUCCCUUGUGCAGGGAGGUGUUCGAGGAAGGGAAGGACAUCGCCAACCGCGCGCUCAGCAGCGCCUGUGAGACCUUCCUCAGACAGGCCAACUACCGGCGGCCGAACCAGAAACGUGCCAGUGAGGACACCUGUAACCUGCACCUGAAGCCGCUGGAGCUCUACUGUGAGAAGGAUGAGGAGCCUGUGUGUGUGGACUGUGUCAGUCUACACAGCACACACAGGCUGUGGUCACUGAAAGACGGUGCACCAAUGUGUAAGAAGGAGCUGGGGUUCAAAGUCCAGAUUUUUGAAAAGAAAGUGGAGUCCCACAAGAAAAUGACACACAAACUCAGCAACGCGGUGGAAUACAUCAAGUAUCAAGCUGGGCAGGCAGAGAAUCAGAUCAAGCUGGAGUUUGAGAGGCUCCGCAAGGCGCUUGUCACUGAAGAAGCUCUGCGUCUCAAAGCCCUGGCUACUGAGGAGGAUCAGAAGAUUGCUUCCAUACAGGAGCUGAUUGCCAACACAAACAAGGACAUUGACGAUCUGAAAGAGCUCAUUGAGACUCUGAAGAAAGAGAUGGGCAAUGAGGAUCUACCCCUCCUGCGUAAUUUCCAGAAUUUAAAAAGAAAAGCCCAGUGGACUCGCGAAGACCCUCGCCUGCCUGAUGGCUCUCUUUUGAAUAUGGGCAAGCAUGUUGGUGAUUUGAGCUUCAACAUCUGGAAGAACAUGCAGGCUCAUGUCAAAUAUAAUCCUGUGGUGUUGAACCCGAACACAGCUUCUCCAUGGCUGUCCUUGAAUGCUGAUCUGACCAGUGUGAAGGAAAGCUCAGAGCGGCUGACUGCCCCUGACAACCCGGAGCGCUUUGAUCCCUGCGUCUUUGUCCUGGGUGUUGAAGGUUACACUUCUGGAAAACACAGAUGGGAUGUCAUUGUUGGUGACAACCCCAAGUGGAUUGUGGGAGUGUGCAAAGAGUCAGUGGCCCGUAAAAAGAAGUUCACGGUCUCUACGAACCGUGGUGUGUGGUCCAUAGGACUGAGCAAAGGGGUGUACACCGCCUUAACACCUGAGCGUACAGAGCUGCAGGUGCAGCAGCGUCCCGAAAGGAUCCGCAUCAAGCUAAAUAUAGAUAAGGGAGAGGUGUCAUUUUGGGAUGGGGGAACAGCAAAGCACCUGGUCACUUUAACACACAAGUUUGAUGAGAAGAUGUUUCCUAUUUUUGGCCCUGGGCUCCAUAGUAAUCCAAUGAUUCUGGCUCCAGGAAAAAUGGCUGUACACACCUCAUGAUGGGCCAGUAUACUGCAGAGGGAUGGUUGUUGACCUAAAGCUGUAGGACUGAAAAUAAGAAUAAUCAUCUUUUUAAAAUAAAAAACUUUUUAAAAGCAAGAUAAACUGAACAACACUUUUCCAGUCAAACAAGGAUGAAUUAAAAAUUUACGUAGAACAUCAAAUGAAAGAUUAAAAUCUAACAAUGAGAAGAGAUGAAACAUAAUUAUAAAAUUGGGGAAGACGAUCAGAAUAUAGAUAAACAUGUUAAAUGGGUCAUAAACUAUACUUAAAUGGGAUUACUAAAAGAAUAUAAAGACAGUACCAAGGCUAGGAUAGGUGUUGUGUGCUCUCUGAGUUUAUUGAAAGCCUUGCAGCUGCAUGAUGUGUAAGUUAGAGCUGAGAAAUGGCCUUCUGAAUACUGACAGCGUACAGGGAAUUGCAAAAACUGAGAUGUGACUGACUUUCUCAGGGUCAGCAGAUGAUAAUGAAGAUGAAAUAUUUUAGAUGUGUCUUAGCUGGAGGACACUGGAUUGACCAGUCUUUUGGCACUUCACUAUGGAGAAACAGCCCAGAAUAAAAAAUGACACUUAAAAACUGGCAGCAUGGCUGAUGCUGGUGACCAGUACUGAUCAAGUUCAUCUUUAACUGCUUGCUUCACUAGCUUUUGGUGCUACUAUGGUAGUAAUUUGUAAUCUUUGGAUACAUAUGGAGUUAUUUUAAUUCUAUCAGGAAUCAAAAGAAUGGACUGCCUUUAGCUUGGGAACUGUGCUUUGAUUAAUUAAGUAAUUACUACUUUUAUAUGAUUUUUAUUUUUUAUUCUGCUCAAAUAUCUGUUCACUGAAUCUCUGUAGGUUUGUUGGUUUUGGGAUAAUAAUAUUAGGUUGUUGUUCAUCACUCACUACGCAAAGUGUGGCCCAGAAGCAGUCAUGUUCAGCAGGACACAGCUUACUUUAAAGUAGGAUAUACUACUAUUACUGCUCUGAAUCUGUAUAUGCAGAAAUAGGAAUAUGCUGUCUCCAUAUUAACACUUGCUCAAUAAAAUACGUUAAAAUCAAA